ACAUAACCGGUACAAACCACUUUUCAACCAGAAGCAAUGAUUAUUGAAGAAAAAAUUCCUCCUCCUCCGUACGAUCCUCCAACUCGUCCGCGGUCUCCUACAUUCUCGUCUUUGCCGCACAGCAUUCUACUCCAAAUCGUUUACUCAGUCUUCCCUCAGUCAGACUGCCCGGUCUAUGGCGACAAAAAGCUCGUACGACAACGGGAAACUCUUUACUGGCUCCAGUCCUCUCUUAGAUUAGUGAAUAGUUCGCUAUAUAUUGCGUGCAUGCAUAUCUUGCGGUCGACCUAUUUACCAGCUUAUAACUCCCUAAUCCGAGCGCCCUACUCUUCUGAUCCAUUUCCUUCCUCCUCGACCUCUUCCGAUGGUACAUUGAGCGGUGGCAACGCUAGCGACGGCACGAGGCCCUCACUCAUUCCAUCGCAUCGGGAGCUGCGCACAUUGGAUCUCUUUAUUGCCCUUCUAACACACGAAGAUUUACUUCUCGACUCUACUUCCCUUCAUAAUCCACGACACGAAGCAUACAAAGAUCUCUUUGUGCUUUUACAGCCCCGCAGCAGACUUGAAGACCUUGUUGCACUUGAGGGAAUCCGUCGUAACUUUAUCUCUUUACCCGACGACACCGUCAAUAAGGACACCGCGUCUCACAAUAUUGUUCCAUCCACUAGCACCCUCCGACGUUCCGAAUCCCUUCUCUCGCUUGCCAGCGAAGCCACGUUGCACGAACCACCUUCAUCACAAUCCCCUGUCAACCCGAAGAACAACGAGGAUUUCAACAGCCCUUACGUUUUCUCAAUACCCUCUGCCCCCCGUUCCUCCUCUUUCUACGGACGAAAUUCCAACGCGAGUUCCACUUCUAGUCUCCCUCGAUUACCGCAAAUGAAGAGUUCAAAAUCGAUUUUCAGCGUCUUCAUGAAGGCUAAAGGGAAAGCUCUUGGAUCUACCUCUCCUUCUCCCCCACCGAUGUCGCCCAAAAGACGUCCGGUCAGGCCUAUACCAUUUUCAGAUUUAUCGGUUUCACUCACUCCACGGACGGUCGCUUUGAUGUACGCACCAUCUCAAGAUGAUUCGAGUUCUGUACAUCAAGGUAGUACGUGGGGCUCAUUGAGCAUGUCGCAUAAUAUGUAUACUACAAGGAGGCGAAUGGUUGUUGAAGUCCCCAGAAGGAAAGAUGAGCCUCUGGAAGUGGCUGCGAAAGCCCUUGUGAAGGGCUUGAGGUUCUGGAUAGAGGAGCAGUGUUGA